ACAGUUAACACACACACUCUCUCUCUCUCUCUCUCUCUCUCUCUCUCCAUCCCAAGCUUCCCUGCAACUCGUCGCCGACCUCCCUCCAACCCACCGUCUCUCCGCCGAGCUGAAGCCGGAGGUCGCCGGCCGACGAGCUCCGUACUAGGCUUUGCAGGUACAUCUGGCAGUGCCAGGCCCGUCAACAGCAACUCGAGAUGCUGCCAUCGGUCCCUUCGUUCUCGGUGUUCGUGUUGACCGACGACGAGGCCGCCGACCACCGCCACCCGGAGGAGGAUGAUUCGGGGACCGGCGAGGCGCUCCGGAGGACCACGACGGUCGCGGUCGGCGUACCGGCCGUCGCCAGCGGGGAGUUCAGCUUCGGGGAGAAGGCGAUGGGGUUGAUCCAGGAGGAGGAGGAGGAGGGGGAGGGCGAGGACGACGGCGGCGGCGGAGGCGACGCGGGAGGGAGAGGGGAGGGGGUGGGGUGGAGGAACGACUCGAGCGGAGGCGGCGGCGUCGAGCGCGAGCCGGCGAGCCGGCCGAUGUAUCUCGCCGCCGGCCUCGGAAUCGGGAAUGCCCAUUUCGGCGGCGGAUCGAAUGGCGGUCUCGGGUUGAAUCUGCCGGAGUUCGACGGCGCGGGCGACGCGGAGGAAUUUUACGAGAGGAUGGUGAAUGAGUUUCCGUGCCAUCCCGUGUUCUUGAGGCACUAUGCUCAGGUUUUGCAGUCAAAGGGGGAUCUUCAUGGAGCAGAGAAUUACUACUAUCGUGCUACACUAGCCGACCCUGACGAUGGUGAGAUUUUGGCACAGUAUGCUAAAAUAGUUUGGGAGCUCUAUCAUGAUAAAGAGAGAGCUUUAAGCUAUUAUGAGCGUGCAGCUCAAGCCGCUGCAAACGAUAGCCAUGUCCUAGCAGCAUAUGCUGGUUUUCUCUGGGAGCUAGAGAAUGAGAAUGUAACAGAUGGAGUACAAGAAAAUCACCUCCAGGGAAUUUUGGACGAGAAAGAAGUUUCAACUUCCAAGAAAGAAAAAGCAGUUGGAAUUCCUGCAACCAGGUUUGACAUUGCUAAUUUUACUGCAACUGGUACCGAUGGGGAGAAUAUUGAAGAGAAUUAUAAACAGAUGAUUGAGGAAGAUCCAUCCAACCCAUUGAUUUUGAAAAUUUAUGCUCAGUUCUUAUAUCAGGUGAAGCAAGAUCUCAAAGGAGCUGAGGAAUACUAUUCACGUGCUAUUCUCGCUGAUCCAACGGACGGUGAAGCAUUGGUAAUGUAUGCUAAGCUGGUUUGGCAACUUCACCGUGACCAUGAUAAGGCAUCGUCUUAUUUUGAACGAGCUAUUCAAGCAACCCCUACAGACAGCCAUAUUCUUGCUGCAUGUGCUAGUUUCCUUUGGGAGAUAGAGAGCAAUGUCGAAAAUGGGAAUGACUCCGUCCUCCCCAAUACCGUUUCUCUACCAGAAGCUAUUAGUUCUGCAAGUGCUUAACUUGCAACUUACCUAGUCAACAUAGACCUUAGAAAACCAUCCAUUUCAGAUGAUGCUUUUGUUUCUGCUCAUAAUUUCAGCGGCGGUACAUAAGGAGAUGGAUUAUUGAGAGGUCAUGAUGAGGAAGGAGCCACCCAAGUCCACCAAGUUGAAAUCAAUAAGUGCCGUCCGCUGCCGGAAGUUGAAUAAGUCGAAAAUAUCAAAUAACGUAUACAAAUACACAUGUAUGAGUAUGUAUUAUGUUUACGAAUAAGUCAGAAUAAACGGGGUUCGCAUUAGCCGUCGAGGAAGGGACCGAAAUCAGUCAUGGGAUGUAGUUGGGUAAUGCAACGAAAUGUGCUUGCCUCUCGUACCAUUUAGACUUGGCAUAUUGACAUUGUAAUUGUGUAAUGUUUCGUUGGAUGGACCCUGCUGCAAAGGAGGACAAUUGAUCCUGCUGAGCAGCUUGGAAA